UGUUUAGCCGACUGGACAUUAUUUGUCCAAAUGCCAAACUUGGGCUAUAAUUGGACUAUUAUUUUUUAAAAAGGUCAUAGAGUGUCUUUUUUCCUUAAAAAAAAAAAAAAAAAAAAAAGGGGGAGCAUUAUAUUUGGGUGCCAAAAAGUGAUGUGGUAUAACAGUAAGAUAUAAAAAGAGGAGGCAUCAAUUAAGAUUACUUGCGUUCUUUGCUUCACUUAAUUCUUAUUCUUUGCCUUUUCAUCAAUCCUCCUUCCUACUACAAGUCUUCAUGAAGCCAUCUUCUUCGCAACAACAGCAACAAACUCUUUUGUUUUUCAAUCUUCGUCUUCUUCUUCUUCCAUCUCCAAAAUUUGAUCGUAAUGUACCGUCAGCGCGAAACCAACCCCUAUUUUCUUCCACCACAUGCUCCUCCUCUUGAACAACAUGAUCAAUCACAACAUCCUCCUUUCUCUUCUCAAUUUCCACCAGUUCUGCCUUCUAAUGAACCACAUUCCCCUGGUGACUCUUAUUUUCCGAGUCCAACAAUGCCAGUGCCAACAAGACAUCCCCAGUCACAGCUACAUUCAGGACCACAACCACAUUUUGGUCACGACUCUCAUUUACCAACACCAGUACCGCCACCAAGACAUCAGCCACAUUCAGGAUCUCGACCAAAUUCCGGUCAUGACUCUCAUUUACCAGCACCAGUGCCACCAUCACAACAUCAGCCACAUUCAGGAUCUCGACCACAGAGCCAACAUCAUCGUCACUCUUCAGGUCUAGUGCGAGUGCCCACUAGGCGUAAAACUAGGCCAUUUGCAUGGCUAGUUGCAGGUUUUUGUGCACUUUUCUGGGUCAUGGUAAUAGUGGCUGGCCUAGCAAUCCUGAUCAUCUAUCUUGUAUUUCGCCCAAGAAAUCCAAAGUUUGACAUAAAUAGCGCCACACUCAACGCAGCCUAUCUUGAUAUGGGAUACCUCCUUAAUGCUGAUCUUACUAUACUUGCAAACUUCACAAAUCCAAACAAGAAAGGCAGGGUGGAUUUCCAUUACGCCAUUCUUGACCUUUAUCAUGGUGGACACCUAUUGGCUUCCAGUUACAUGGACCCUUUCUCAACGAUGAGCCAUGAGUCGAGGUUUCAAGAUGUUCACUUGGUGAGCAGCCAAGUGCGUCUCCCUUUGGAACAAAGCCAACAGCUGAAGAAGGAAGUGGAUAGUGGAAGAGUGAAGUUUGAAGUGAAGGGUUUGUUUAGAGCAAGGUCUAAUUUAGGGAGCUUCCUUCAAUACUCCUACUGGUUGUAUGCCCAGUGCACAAUUAUCGUUACCAGUCCUCCAACUGGUGUCUUGAUUGGCAGGAAGUGCGUCACAAAGCGCUAACAGUGACCAGAGCAUAUUAUUUUGACUUCAAAAAUGGCUUCAGUUAUAACUGGUGCCAACUGCUCUAACUCAUGUUUUGUUUCCCCAUUCUUCUAUUUUCUGUCAAAAGAUGUGAUUUGGAGCUUUAUUACCUAAUACUAUUCUUUGUACUUCUCUGUUUUGUCAAUAUUAUUAAAAGGAUUGUUAACUCAA